ACCCUAGUCCUCCUAUUGAGAGUCCAAACCAUGAACCACUGGCAAAAAUCUAGUGCUUUGGCUACUCCAAAUUGUUUUGCUAGAUAUAGUGCAUUCCCUCUUUUGGUUUUUGUAGGUCAACAAAGGUAAGGCUUAUUUUUUCUUUCAAGAUUUUAAUGCAUUUCUCUAUCAUUAAAAAAAAAAAAAAAAAACAUAAAAUAUAAUGGAACUAUAAAACUGGCUGCCAUAUGGGCUGGUUGUGUUUUUCCCGGAUUCAAUUAAUAUUAAUUUACAUGACAAACUUGCUAGAACAUUAAACAAGCCCUUGGCAGUUUUUUGAAUUGCCGAAAGCAAAAAUGCUAUCAAGCUGCUAAAGCACAGGUGUUCAGAGCUUGCGGAUGCACUGAUUUCCUCCCUGGUCUCUCUCUUUCUCUCUCUCAAUGGACCUGCUGUCCAUCUCUGCUCCCAUCUCCUCUCGCUCUCUUCUUCCCACUCUCUCUCUCAAGUCCUUCAGGUUCCGAACCCCUCAUUCCACGCCCGCCUCUUUCUCCCGGCGUCCUCAUGUCUCUGCCUUCCAUUCUCCGUCGCCAUCUCUGAGACCAACCCUGACUGACAACCUCAAAACCCCGGCUCUUGGGUUCCAGCCUCCGCCCGCCGACUCUCUCCGUCUGUCGGCGCCUCAGACGCCCGCCACCGCCAUGCGCGGCGCCGAGACUGACGCUAUGGGGCUGCUCCUCAAGGAGAGGAUUGUGUUCUUGGGAAACAACAUCGACGACUUCGUCGCCGACUCCAUUAUCAGUCAGCUGCUGUUGCUGGAUGCUCAAGACCACAAUAAGGAUAUUCGACUCUUUAUCAAUUCGCCCGGUGGCUCCCUCAGUGCUACAAUGGCUAUCUAUGACGUUGUACAGCUUGUCAGAGCUGAUGUUUCCACAGUUGCACUUGGCAUCGCAGCAUCAACAGCAUCCAUAAUUCUUGGUGGUGGCACCAAAGGCAAGCGUCUGGCAAUGCCCAACACACGAAUAAUGAUGCAUCAACCUAUUGGAGGUGCUAGUGGGCAAGCAAUAGAUGUGGAAAUUCAAGCCCGAGAAAUAAUGCACAACAAGAACAACGUCACAAGGAUUAUUGCAACUGUCACGGGUCGUCCAUUUGAACAAGUCCAGAAAGAUAUUGAUCGGGAUCGCUACAUGUCUCCUAUUGAAGCAGUUGAAUAUGGAAUCAUCGAUGGAGUUAUUGAUAGAGAUAGCAUUAUUCCACUUAUGCCGGUGCCAGAAAGGGUGAAAUCAAGACUGAACUAUGAAGAAAUUGGUAAGGAUCCAAGAAAAUUCUUGACACCAGAGAUCCCUGAUGAUGAGAUAUACUAGUUGUGGCCUUUUUAUGCUGGUACAUUGUUUUGUAUCCCAUGCGCCUGGUGCAAAUAGAUGCCAUUGGUUGUGAAAUUGGAUCAAGGAUCCCUUUUCGCAUUCCAAGUUUAAAAUUGGUUCUGUAAUUUUCAGAAUGAGCUUGUAGCUUGAAAAAAAGAACUUUGAAAGAUUGUUUGAA